UUUCAGUCACCGCCCGAUCCUCGGCGCGCACGGUAUUCGGAUGGGAUUUUCGUCAGUUUCGUCUCCGUUUCUCUGUUUUCUUUUUUUUUUUUUUACCCAUUCGUUCGUUCGUUCAUUCAUUCGUUCGUUCGUUUAUUCAUUCGACGAUACUAUCGGUCGGCUCUGUGAGAACGAAAAAAUAAAAAAAGUGGUGCUUUCGAUUAUUUUGCAAACAAGUUCCGUGACGUAAGGAAAGAGAGAGAAAGAGAGAGAGGGAGAGAGAGAGAAAAUAAUUAUUCUCCAAGUGAAAAACUCGAAUAUUUUUUUUUUCUUCUUCUUCUUUCGAGCAAACGACAUUUUAUGUCAUAAUAAUAAUAAUAAUAAUAAUAAUAAUAAUAAUAAUAAUAAUAAUAAUAAUAAUAAAAAAACAAAAGAAGUGUCAAAAAGGAGGACUAACAAUUUUGGUGAAUCAACGAUAUGUGAAAACUUCGACGUUGAGAACGUUUAAUGAACGUUCGAAGUGUUAACAGUGUCGAUCAAAAAACUUUUUACGCGGAGAGAAAAGGAAAAGAACAAAAAGAAAAAUAAACAAAUAAAAAAACAAAACAAAACAAAAAAAAUAAACAUUCAAAUAAAAGAGACAGACAAAUGAACGAGUAAAAACGUGAACAAAAAAAAAAAAAAAAAAAGGAAUAAAUUAAAAUAAAAACACACAAAAAAAAUAUAAUACAUAUAAAAUAUUCUAAAAUAUCGAAGGACGUUAUUGUUAGCGUAUUAUCGUAAUAAUAACGUGAGUGUGACUGUGCAUUUUAUUAAAAAUAAUAGCUUCUGUGUUAUUAUAGAGGGGGAGAAAAAAAAAAAACUAAAGAGAAACAUCCUAUUCCUCCUCUUCCUUCCACCUCUAACGGAGUGUCGUGUCUCGUUUAUUAAUUAAUUGAUUAAAUAAUUAAUUAAUUUAUUUAUUUCCUUCCUUUUGUUUCUUACUUUCUUUCCUUCAUUUUUUUCUUUCUCCUCUUCCUUUUCAUCUUUUUAUCCCGACGUCACCGAUAUAUCCUCGGAAGAUCGUACAGAUUUUUUUUUUUUUUUUUUUUUUUUUUUUUCAUUUCUUUUUUUUUUUUUUUGGAUCGCGAGUGAGACUUGACUUCAGCUUUACUAACACAAGAAGUAGAGAGACUACGAACGUUUGCGAAUCGUUGAGAAAACUCCUCUUCGACAAGAGGAUCGAUCUUCGUCCCUCCCGUUAUCCUCUUUCACACAUUUUAUCAUUCCAUCCUUCUCUUUUUCUUUCUCUCUCUCUUUCUCUCUUUAAUCGCAUCGACGAUUUGAUUUUUUCUCUUAAUUCGUUUUUAUAUCUGUCCUAUCUUCUUCUCUGAUCGCGCGCGUGUCUCUCGCUCUGUCUGUGUGUGUGUGUGUGUGUGUGUGUGUCUUUGUGUACACGUGUGUGUGUGUGCUCGCGCGUGUGCAUUAUUUUUUCUUUCUUUUUUUUUUCUUUUUUUGUUUCUUUUUUUACAAAGACAAGAGAAUGCAGUCCGCCGAGUGUUCGUGACGAUUACAGGUAGAAGACGAGUGGUGAUGAAAGAAAAAAAGGAACUACAACAACAACAACAACAACAUCGACGUCUCCUCGUCGGACCAUUUCUUGGAAGCAUCGUAAUACCGCGAAGAGAACGUAGAAAAUUCAUAGGAAAGAGUCGAGAGGAGUCGAUGAAAGCCGAGAAGUGUCGAGCAAAGGUCUUACAAAGUUGUCAUUCCUACUUCUGCGUUUAUACGUUUCUACGCAUUACACGAGAUGUCUUUUGGGAUACUUUACCGUGGUAUGCGAUGAUUAUCGUCAGAGGAACCUGAGGAGGACAUACACGUGAGAUCGAUGAUACUCUCGUGUUAGAAGAAAAAUCGUGCGAGCGACGAGGCAACGUGCGACGUGAGUCGCCGCCACGAACGCGAUUUAAUAGAUCGACGAAAGAAUGUGACGAAUCCUUUUUGGAUUUUCUACGAAGAGUCGGAUGUUGUUAAGGAGAAAGACGAAGAGAAGAAUGGAGCAAGUUCCUGAAGGUUGAGAUAGAACGAAAUAACGAAGAAGAAAGAAAAAAAAAAGAAGGAGGGAAAGAUUGAGGGGGAGAAAAAGAGAGAGAGAGAGAGAGAGAACACGAGUGAGAGGAUCGUCGAUAUGACAAGUCGGAUAAUGCAGCCGACCGUCUCAACACUCGGCAUCAUCGCCAUCGUUUUCGUCACGAUCACUGCCACGGCAUCAGAAGCCGAGAACAGUGGCGCCAUCGGGCUUGAUAUCAAUCAUCCUGGAGGCAGGAACACGGAGGAGGAUCAUCGACACUUUCCGGAUAACGAGAGAAGUACGAGGAAUAACAACAACACAAACAACAACAACAACAACAAUAAUAAUAAUAAUAAUAAUAAUAAUAAUAAUAAUAAUAAUAAUAAUAAUAAUAAUAAUAAUAAUAAUAAUAAUAAUAACAACAACAACAGCAACAACAGUGGCAGCAGCAACAAUAACAACAACAACAACAAUAACAAUAAUAACAAUAGCAGUAGCAGCAGUAACAAUAACAAUAAGAAUAAAGAGGAAGUGAAGGAGGAGGAGGAGGUUUGGCCCGUUGAUAAAAUCAACGUUAAUUCUACGAUAGAUUUGUCUUAUCCAAAGAUAAAGAGAAAAUCUGAUGUUACAACGUUAUUAUUGGCAUCGACGAUGAUGACAACGAUGAUAGAACGAUCGAAUAGAAAUAAUAAUACUAAUGAGAAAAGGACAAUUAGAAAGGAAGUAGAUAAAAUCGAGUUUCUCGAUUACGCGGAAACAGAACAACAAUAUCAGAGGGAUCAAAGUAAAAUGAAAAUUGAUCAAGAUAUAUCAAGGAAUCAGGAUGAUCCUAAGGAUGAUUCAACGGUGACAAUUGUUCCAUCGAGAUCCCAUCAAAGGAUAUCGAUCGAUGUUACUACGUCUAGGGAUUUCUCGAUGUUAGCUGAUAGUACGAGCCUAUUCGAAAGCCAAUUGGAAAACAGUGUUACAGUGAAGGCUACUUAUUUGGAAGUACCUCAACAGGAUCCCUCGACGAGUAGUAGCAGCAGCAGCAGUAAUAGUAAUAGUAAUAGUAAUAGCAAUAGUAGUAGUAGUAGUAGCAGUAGUAGUAAUAUCAUCAACAUCAACAUCAGUAACAAUAAUAACAACAGUGGCAAAAUUGACGUCGAGUCAUCGUCAUCUUCUUCCUCCUCGUCCUUCUCUUCGAGUAACGUCAGAUCGAACGAUCUUCAUCGAUCUUCUCGAUUAAAGUUACGAUACGAGAACGAACACGAUAAAAAUAUUGAUCGUGGACAUUAUGAAUCAUCUAGUAUACCUUCGAUCGAUGAUGAUUCCCCGUCGCAAUAUCUUCGUUCUACCGAAUCGAUCGAGCUAAAGGAUUUCAAUGACAUAAGAGCGAUAUCCUUUCAAGUACCAAAGCCAGAAAUCUUUGAAGAGUUAAAUGGCGAUGAAAAGGAACAUGAUAGUUCCUUAGAAUCAAUUGUUAAAUCUGUUCGUAAGAAUAAUCAUGAUAUCGAUAAUAUCAAAAUUGAGGAUCCAUUAAAAAUGAUACCGGAAACGAGAAAGGAUCGUUCGAGAUUAAUGAACGAGUUAUCCGGUAAUGAGAAAUCAACGAAAGCGUUUUACGAGAUCAAACCAUCGGUUAAAACCGAACUCGAAAGGAACAACGACGGACAUAAUAAUAAUAAUAAUAAUAAUAAUAAUAAUAAUAAUAAUAAUAAUAACAAUAGUAAUAGUAAUAGUAAUAGUAAUAGUCGUCGUCAAUCGAUUAUUACUAGUACGCAAAAGACUUUGUUAGGUGGAAAAUUUGUUUUGCCGAGCGUUGACAGUGCCAUUGGAAAAUUUGGACCGUAUUUCGUCGAUGGCGAUCGAGAGAUCAACGUAACUGCAAGAAUUGGCAGCACCGUUGGCCUUGAUUGCAAGAUAGGCUUGCUUGGUGAUAAAAAGGUCACUUGGGUGCAACAAGACGAGGAUUCCUUUCGACUUUUAACCGUUGGCAGGAUCCCUUAUAGCGUCGAUCAAAGGAUCAGCCUUCAUUAUCGGUACCCAAGUAACUGGAGAUUGCAAAUCCUGUAUGCUUCGCCAAGGGACUCAGGACUGUACAAGUGUCAAGUGUCUACUCAUCCACCUCUCGUGAAAAAAAUUAAUGUCAUCGUCACAGCACCAAUCUUAACGAUAACAGACGAUUCCGGGAGAACAGUAGCGAAGGAGAGACACUUAAAAGCUGGAAGCGCCCUUCGUUUGAGAUGCGAGGCAAGGGACGUAUUAGAAUCUCAAAAUGAAACAGUCGUUUGGACAAGAGGAGACGAAACGCUCACUGAUAACGUUAGCGAGAACAGGACAACGGAGAUGACAGAGGGCAAGGAGGUCCUUGUGAUAGUAACAACUCUUAUCGUCGAAAGAGCUAGCCCGAGGCACGCCGGCAACUAUAGUUGCUUGGUGCCUGGAAUAGCCAAGACGACUAUAGCCGUUCACGUUCUCAAUGGCGAAUUACCAGCGGCCGUGCACGAUGGAAACGGUGUAUCGCGUGCUGUCCUCAAUCUCUGGCUGAUUCAUUUGACAGUGAGCUACGUUUUCUUCAGAUGACAAUACUAAGGUUGUUUCAACAACGUCGGUGCAUCCAGUCGGCGCGACUAUCUCGAUUCAAUUUUCUUUGGGGGCGGGACAUCGCAAUGCGGUCUCGCAGAAAAGAGACGAUGCGCUCACAUACAUACGAUACACAUAGGACAUAUACGUACACAUACAAACGUGCACAUGGACACAUAAGUGCACAUGGACACAUAAGUGCACGUAUACACCAAUAUAUAUAUAUAUAGAGCAUACACAUAUAACAGAUAAAUUCACAUACAGGAAUCACACGUACGUAGACACAUGAGAGAGAGAGAGAGAGAGAGAGAGAGAGAGAGAGAGAGAGAGAGAGAGAGAGAGAGAGUGUAUGUGUGAGAGAGAGAGAGAGUGUAUGUGUGAGAGAGAGAGAGAGAGAGGCAACGGCGAGCUUUACGUGCCAGUAUCACGAUCAUCGUUCGAUUCGAUUGGGAUCAAGGAUCAAGACGGGUGUCGCCUGCCAGGAUUGAAUCGUCCUACGGAAAAAGGAGAUCGAACGGAAAUGUGCACGUGGAUGGUCUCUUCUCGGCCGGAUAAAAGAGAUGUUUUCUUCCUCGGGCAAUCCCCGAGACCGAGACCACUAAAGAUAGAGUGAGAUGGACGAUAAAACUCGUCGAGAGAGAACAGGAUGAGGUGUGGUGUGGUGGGGGCGGGGUGGGGGGUGCAAAGAAUGAAGGAAAAUGAAUAAAUAAAGAAAGAAAAAAAAAGAAAAAAACAAUAACAAGAACAAAAAUGAAGAAUGAAAAUAAUACAAGAAAAAAAAACUCAGCGCAUAAUGAAAAAACGUAUUCUCUCGAGUAAGUGCGUGUGCGUUACGAAAAAAAAAAGAAGAAAAAAAAAGAAAAAAAAAAAGAAAAAAAAAAGAAAAAAGAGAAAGAAAAGAAAUAAAGAAAAAAAGGAAUGAAAGAGGGAGAGGGGGAGUUAUUGUUUUUCUCUCUCAUCAUUAUAUAUAUAUAUAUCUUCUCUCUCUCUCUUCCUUCUCUCGUUCUUAUUCGUAUUAUCGUUAAUUAUCUCGAACUUCAGCGGUUUCUUUGCGGAUCGAACCGAAACGUAAAUGUGACGUUUAUUUUUAAAAACUUCGUCGUACUUUAAUUUCGACAAUGUCGAAGAUAAAAGAAGGAACAAAUAAACUUUCUAACAAUCUCGCGAUAAACGUAUAUUUAUAUUCAUUCAUAGAUUCAUCUCGGCGAUGAUCUCCUAUGAAUGCGAAAUGUGUGUUAAAUAAAAUUCAAAGUGGAAGGAAAUUAGAGAAAAGAGUUAGAGAAAAAAAGAAAAACAGAGAGAGAGAGAGAGAGAGAUAGAGAGAGAGAGAGAGAUAAGGAGCAAGUGUUUAUAAAACA